UUAAUGGUUAUGCCGAUUCUGUAGCUUAUUGUAUUAUCCAUAACCACAUUCAUCAAAAUAAGCUCACAAAUGGAAAUCAAAAGCAUUGUUUUAGGAAGCUUUUUUCUAUGGUCAUAAACAUUUCCUUUAUUUAUACUAUCACACAAUAUUUUUCUAAGUCCUAUAUAAAUGGAUUAUGAUCUACAAUAACAUCAUUUUUUAUCUACCUUAUUUGAUUUUAUCUACAACAAGAAAUGGCUUUCACUGCAACGAGAAAUUUGCGAUUCAUGGUGACUCAAUUGGGAGCAUCCGGAAGGAGAUCAUUUGCUACGGUCACUACUCCAAAAAUGAAACAUGCGUCCACAACCGUGGAUGCUGCCCACAAUUCUAGGGUGAUGACACUGAAGGCAGAGUUAGCACCAGUGUACAUUGUGUGUGGAAUGGUUGGUGUGGCUGUUGUACUUGCAUCACACUCUGCCUUUCAACAAUUGGCACGUUCUCCAAGUGUUCAUGUCAACAAGAAAAGAAGAGAAUCAUAUCCUGAAGCUUAUGAUCCUGAUCGUUCCAUCAACUCUGCUGAUAAAUUCAUCAAUGGUUCCUUCUUAAGAAAAAUGGCUCAUAUUCAAGAUAGUAACCCUACUGUCAAUGAUCCUGUUCACCCUAAUCCUUUCACCCGUCCUCGAUCCGCUGAGACAUUGAAGUCGGUGGGCGUCGAGUCCGGCAAGCGUUGAUCUGCUGGUUCCUCCUUAAAAAAAAAAAAGUGGUGGCCAAAGAUAUAACUAUGAUGAUUGCUUCCAUCUUCAAUAUUUGGUAUAUGAAAAUUGAAGAUGUGAAGGUGUUUAAUUUGUGUAUAUAAUUUGUUUUUUUGGUUUGUGUUUUUUCUUUGUAACACUUGUAAGUUUUUGUAGUAUUUGAUUUGAUGUUAGUCCUAAUUCACUCUUCAGAAAGUAUAGUACUGAAUUAGAGUGGAAAAACUAAUGAUGCAGCUUCAGCAUCUCUAUGUAUUGUACAUAAUAAAUAAUUUAUGAAAUAAUGCCACCCCAAAGUUUGUAACUUUGAUUAAAAU